CUGAGCUCGUGUCAAUUCCUCACACGUUCUGUUGUGCUCCUCGCCCAGUUUCCUGUGAAUUAGAACAUCCACGUUGAUACAGAUAGGGGACUUUCGGGACUGUCGCCUUAUGUUUCACAACGUAUAAAUAAAUAGAUUAAACAUUUCAUAGGCAGCCAGUGGGAACACUUUGAGCGUCCAAAUGUCUAGACAAAACAUCGACCAGUUGCAUCGCUCUACUUUGGGCAUAUAUGCGAGCCUGAUGGAUCAGUUCAACCCAAGUCUACAGAAGCUAGUGUCUUUGGGAAACAGCUACAUGCAGGCUUUCCAAGCUCUUGCUGUAACCAGUGAGGCUUACUUCAGCACCCUUGCUAAGAUAGGGGAGCAGGCCUUCCACACCAUGUCGUCUCGCUCUAUUGUUCCGCUGGUUCCACUCUGAGGUGCUGCAGGAGAUGGACAACAAUGUCAAACUGGAUAAGGACUACAUAGCAGGCAGCAGGAGGCGAUAUGAGAUGUAGGUACGGACCCAGGCCACAUCUUUGAAGAGGCAGUUGAGGGGAGGGGCUUACCAGGAUGAGUACAUUCACUUCCUGAGGGAUAGUCAGCGCGAGGCUCUGAUGGAGGAGGAAAGGAGAUACCGUUUCCUGGCUGAGAAACACUGUGGUCUCACUCAGUCCAUCAUCUAUCUCAUGAACAAGACAGGGGCAGGGGGAGGCCUACAGCAGAUAGCUGAUGGAUGGAGAGACCAGGUCAACGCCACCAGACGACCUGGAUCCCAGAACCCCUCUCGCCUGGACCAGGACAACACGUCCAGAAUGAGGGAGGAGGACAGGGGGAGCCAAUGGUCAGGCAAAGAGGAGCAGCCUCUGGGAAGAGUGCCCUCCAGAGGCCCAUCACCCCAAAACACCCGUUCCCGCUCCAGCUCAAUUGGGGAGUCCCUAGGUAUGGGUGAAGGUGGAGGAGGGAGACCUAUGAGAGCUCUGGUGUCCCACCCCGCUAACUCCAACAGCCCCACCCUGCUGCCCUUAUCCCGGGGGGAGGUGGUGAGCGUGCUGGUGCAGAAGCCCCGUAACGGCUGGCUCUAUGGCCGGGCAGAGAACAGCUCAUGUCAGGGCUGGUUCCCAGCUGCCUAUGUGGGGCCACUGGAGGAGGCCCCAAUAUCAACUGGCUCCAGUAGCUCCACCCUUAGGAGCACCCACAGUAUGGACAACCUGCUAGACCAAUCAGGAGGCAGCAGCCACGGCAGACCCCCGCCCCCGCCUCCACCCAAUAGACAGACAGAGAUGCGUCCAAUCACACCCAUCAUGGAGAGAAGGGUGGAGUCUCACUCUGACAACAAGAGAGGAGAGCGCCAUGGUGGACCUGUGCCAAACCUCUUCCCAAAGGGCACUAACCCUUUCGCCACUGUCAAGCUGAAGCCCACAUCCACAGAUGACCGAUCUGCUCCACGGCUUCGUCGGUGAAGAGGUCACGCCCUUGAAAGGUACUGGGCGCGUUCCAGGUUGACUACAUUUCAGUCGUUGGAUUGCGUAAAAAAAUGGUUUCAUGCCACUUUAUUGACUGUGCAGUCGACUGCUAUAUCAUAUGAUUCACUGAUCUGUUAAAUAAAUAUUUAUCCAGGCGGGUCUGAAAUGUAGUCAGCCUAAAACGCGUCCACUACCAUGCAGCAGGGGUUUUAGGGUUGAUGACCUAAAAUUGCCCCAAAUCUUCCCAAAUUGUUGGAAACUGUCUUAAAACUGCCCCAAACUUUCCCUAAGCAGCCCCUAAUACCAAUCUUGUACAGUAGGUUAUUUAUAUCCAUAUUAUGUAGUUUAUUAGAUGACUACAGUGAUAAAAGAACUUCAGGGGGCAGUGUAAGAUGCCAGAAACCCUAAUAGAUGCUUGGUGCACUGAUUGACCUGAAAAGUGCAAUGAUAAUUUUUAUUUAAUUAGUGAGACAAAUCUUUGAGAGUGCUCAUUUAUGCACUUUUCUUCAGAAUCAGGGAUAUACAUGUCAGGUACAGGAAAUAUCAUGGUAGAAGAAGUUGUUUUAUCAAAGCCUUUUGCAUUGUUGUCUUCAAGUAGCUCUUUUAUUUAGCUUUGCUUGUACAGUACCAAUAUGGCAGUUUAAACCAAUACGUAACUUUGAUGCUAAACUACAGUGAACCACAGUGAGCUAAUCUUUCUCUUAGGAAUGCCAUGUAGAUAGAUUGUUAUGACAAGUGAGUUUGAGCUACUAACUUAACAGUGCUGUUUUAUCCAGUGCCUUUAGUAAAUGUACUAUAAGAUUUGUAUGUGUUUCUUUGUUCAUGCUGGCAGUAGGGUGGACUACUACUGUAGUGAAGAACCCAGGGUUGUCAAUUGUAAUCCACCAAUGGGGAUACUUAACCUAAAUUACCCUUAGUAUGUACCCAGCUAUGUAAAUGGGUGACGUGAGAGUGUUGAGCUAAUGUUAUAGCUGUAACUGAACAAAUCAUUUUUACUUUACUGCUAGAAUAAAAAUGGCAGCUGCUUUUCA